AUGGCCGCCGCUGCUCACACCUGCCUCUUCUCUACUCUCACCUGCCUCUUCUCUACUCUCACCUGUCACACCUGCCUCUUCUCUACUCUCACCUGCCUCUUCUUGGCGCUUUUCACACCAACUGUGACGUCACGCAGAGAUGUGCUCGAGCUCGGGGACGCAGACUUUGAUUACCUGGCAAGCGAGCAGGACACCAUGCUGGUCAACUUCUAUGCACCAUGGUGUGCUCACUGUAAGAAAUUAGCUCCUGACUUUGACAAAGCAGCAAGCAAGCUAAAGGGAACGGUCCAGUUAGCCAAGGUGGACUGCACACUUCACGUGGACAGGUGCAGUCGUUAUGGCAUCAGUGGGUAUCCUACACUGAAGAUCUUCAGGAAGGGGAGAGACUCCGCCCCCUAUGAGGGUCCUCACUCUGCAGAGGGGAUGUAUCAGUACAUGAAGAAGCAGACAGGUCCAGACUCAGUCAGUCUGUUGACUAAAGAAGACCUGCAGACCUUCACCCAUCACUGGGAUGCUUCUGUUGUAGGUGUGUUCUCAGGUGAGGAAAGUCCACGUCUGUCUGAGUUCCUAAAAGCUGCAGGACUUCUGAGGGAUCAGUUCCAUUUUGGCCACACCACCCACAUCAACCUUUCCUCACCUUAUGGACUCCAGUCUGAAGGUGUGUUGUUGUUCAGACCUCCCAGAUUGGCCAAUCAGUUUGAGGACAGCGUUGUGGUUUUUGAAGAUUUUCUCACCAUCUCAUCUCUGAGACGCUUCAUCCGAGAUCACAUAUUUGGACUGUGUCCACACAUGACUUUGGAGAACAAGGAUCUUCUGCGAGGUCGUGACCUCUUGACGGCGUUUUACCACCUUGACUACAAACACAACCCCAGAGGGUCCAACUACUGGAGGAACAGAGUGAUGAAGGUGGCGUCCAAGUACAAGGGGCGGGGCCUGACCUUUUCAGUAGCCAAUAAAGAAGACUUCCGGUCUGAGCUGGAGGCUGACUAUGGUCUGGGGUCUUCAGACAGUGCAGAUCUUCCUCUGGUCACCAUCCGCAGCAAAGUGGGCCACAAGUACACCAUGAGGGAGGAGUUCACGCGGGACGGCCAGUCUCUGGACCGCUUCCUGGACCAUUACUUUGCCAAGAGACUCAAGCCUUACAUCAAGUCCCAGUCCAUCCCCGACAAGCAGAGUGCUGCUGUUAAGGUGGUGGUAGCGGAGUCGUUUGACGCCAUCGUUAAUGACCCCAACAAAGAUGUCCUGGUCCAGUUCUACUCUCCAUCCUGUCCUGUCUGCAAGAAGAUGGAAGCUGUUUACACACGACUGGCUGAGACGGUGUCUUCUGAUGGUCACAUGGUCAUUGCUAAGAUGAACGCACUCCACAAUGACCUGCCGCCUGGCUACCAUGUACAAGGCUACCCAACAAUCUACCUGGCCCCCGCCGGCAGGAAGGACGCGCCUGUUCGAUAUGAGGGGGGCCGAGAACUGCGAGACUUCCUCCACUUCCUGCAGCAGGAAGGCAAUAACGGCGCAUCCAAACAGGAGUUGUGACAGUCAUUACCUGUGUCACAUGACGGGAUCGAUUUAUAUCAAAGGAAGACAUGAAACUGCUACAGGAAAAUACCAAAAAAAAGAAAAAAACGCCAUUAAAAUAGGAGCGCAAGACAAGAAGUAAAACAGUACACACAGGAAAACAGCAAAAAAGUCCAAAUAAGUCAGGGUGUGAUGUGACAGUACACCUACUUUGAUUGAUUUAUUGAUUGAUUAUUUAUUUAUUUAUUUAUUUAUUUAUUUAUUUCUUCAAGGAAAUCACUUUGCAAUCAAAUCAUUCUUUGAGUGCUGAAGUGUUGUUGCUUUUUGUACCAGAAUAACGAUGGGGAAAAAUUAACUGUGUAUAAUGUGUGUGUUCUGAAAUAGUGACAGAGAAUAGAACAAGGAUGGACAAUUCAACCCUUAACUCAACAAUGAGUAGAUGAGUGUUAUGUGUGUCUAUAUGUGUAAAUAAAUGAACACUGAAAUUCAA